AAAAUUAAUUACAAUUUAAAAAUGCCUUUAGACGUACAAGGCACGUUUGUAUCACAGAAAAUCAAUAAAAUACGAUGGAUUCCAGAAGAUUACGUCGAAACAAAACACUUUUUCACCGGCAGUUGGGACGACGAAAUAAACUCUAUAAAAGUCUGGUGUUUCGAGACUUUGAAUGAAGAUGAGGAUGUGGAAUGUCCUCGCCAACUAUCUAAAUACAUAGUAGAGGGUGAUGUUACAGAAAUAAAGUUUACAGACAAGAAAACCAUAGCGGCGUCUUUUUCAAACGGUGAUGUUAGGAUGCUUGAAGUUAGCGCAUACGAUAAGCAGGCUCCACUAAGAGAAAUUCAUUCGUGGAAGAAAUUACACAGUUUUGGUGUUGAAAAAUGUUCCUGUACAUCUCUAGACACGUUGGAAGGUGACAUAGCAAGUAUAGGAGAGGAUGGCAAUGUGAAUAUAUUGAAUGGCCGGAGAGGCGAGGUGUCACAGGCCAUCAAAGGGGCUGAUAGCUGUUCAUUACAUUCUGUUUGCUUUAUUAAAUUGAAUGAGGUAAUAACAGGCAACAUAAGAGGCCACAUGAAGAUCUGGGACAUUUGCUCCUCCAAUAACAAGCCGGCCGCCUCUUUCCUUCUAGCGGAUGACGACCUAGCGGCCACUUGUAUAGUGCGACAUCCCACACAACCUCAUGUCAUACUGGCGGGGAGUGAAUCAGGCUCCUUAGCAGUAUGGGACUUACGGAUGAACCAAUUCCCAACAUCACUACUAAACGCGCACGCAGCGGGCGUAACAGAAAUGCAGUUCCACCCUGAAAACCCAAAUAAACUCCUGACUUCCUCCGUUUCCGGGGAAGUUUGGGAUUGGAACAUGGAGACAUUGACGAAGAUGGCUCAGGAAGACUAUUUACUUGAAGAUAAGACUACUAUGAACGUCAACUCUCUAAUGUCGGGGCUGCAUAAGGCGAUCAAUACUUUACAUUGUGAUAGAGGCAGGAUACUCUGUGGUGCUGAUAACGAAGCCAUUUACUUGAUUAAGAACUUUAAGUACUAGUGUAAUAAAUGUGGUUUUUGUUUAAAAGUUUGGCCUGUAAUUACUGGAUUAUCUAAUUAACUACUACUGUAGAGAUAUUCGAAUCUUGAGAACAGUAGCCUUAGUAUGAGUCUCCAUCAAAACUAACGUCAGAGUAAAAUGGACCUACCCUCCCAGAUUUUAAGGUCUGUGUUCAUUCAUACAUUCUACAGCCAAAACCCCAAGCUGAAACAUUGUGAAACAAAAAUCGGCAAUAUUACAUAAACGACUUUAAAACUUAUCUACGCUAGGUCCAUUUUACGUUGACUAUACUUUUUCCAUUCCAUCAGCCCCUAUGCAUCCACUGUUGGACAUAGCCUUUUCCAAGAGCGCUAUGAAGCGCGUCUGAUAAUUUGUUCCCGCCUUUAUUAUAAAGAUACCACUAGCCUAAAGCGCAACGCACACCAGCAGAGUUGUAUUUCGCCGAGACGUAGUAUUUUGAUAAUAAUUGUUCAAACUAAGCUUUAUUUUAUCAGCAUAAAGACGGCAGUGCGCUCUUAAGACUGCAUGUUGUUUUCAGUAUACUAAUUUCAUCCAAGCCCUUAUCAAAUUACCUAUAAGCAAAAAGGAGUUGCACUUGCAGCCCGUAAUUUUUUUUGUUUUUAAUUAACCGUCUAGUGCAUAGUAUUAAAUAAAGGUCCUCUGUUUUUGAGUUGAAUAAAAAAACGUGUCAGAA